AUGUUCUUAGCACCGUCGGCGGGAAGACUGCUCUACCCCUACGUGAGCGUGUGGCUGUGGAUGGGUAAAACAGGAGCAGGCGAAUAUGCAACUAUGAUCCCACCAGUUUGUGGUGAGGCUAAGUGCAAUGCCGACCCGGGUGUCCUAAAUCUAGAGGCGGCUAGCUACAAGCAGAGAGGUAACGAGGUGAAGUUAGUUUCACAUCACACGUAUUCUUCUUCACCUGAGGACUAA